CCCCGGCCUGCCUACGCGCGCUUUUCAUCGCAGCCACGUCAGCUGUCAUUCCCCCUCCCCCCCACACGUCAGCCCUCCGUUUUUCACUGGCCGUCGCCGCGCGCGCGAUCCCGUCCCGCGUGCCAGCGCGCUCUUUGUCUUGGCCGCGGCGGCGCCGUUGGGGAGGACUGGGCUGAGGCAAAGGGAAGGUUAAAAGGAGCAACUGAGUCAGAACGCUCUCCAAAAAUGGCGUGUAAAGAUGAGAGAGAGGCUGAAGAUUACAAGAGGAGGGGAAGAAGAUCUUCACAGGGCUACGAUCCUAAAGAACCCGAACAGUUGAGAAAACUGUUUAUUGGUGGCCUGAGCUUUGAAACUACAGAUGAUAGUUUAAGAGAACAUUUUGAAAAAUGGGGCACACUUACAGAUUGUGUGGUGAUGAGAGACCCACAGACAAAACGUUCCCGAGGCUUUGGCUUUGUGACCUAUUCUUGUGUGGAAGAAGUAGAUGCUGCUAUGGCAGCCCGACCACAUAAGGUUGAUGGGCGUGUGGUGGAACCAAAGAGAGCCGUUUCUAGAGAAGAUUCUGUGAAACCUGGUGCUCAUUUAACAGUGAAAAAAAUAUUUGUGGGAGGAAUUAAAGAAGACACAGAAGACUAUAAUUUAAGAGAUUACUUUGAAAAAUACGGCAAAAUUGAAACCAUAGAAGUAAUGGAAGACAGACAAAGUGGAAAGAAAAGAGGGUUUGCCUUUGUAACGUUUGAUGAUCAUGAUACAGUCGACAAAAUUGUUGUUCAGAAAUACCACACUAUAAAUGGACAUAACUGUGAAGUGAAGAAAGCUCUCUCCAAGCAAGAAAUGCAGACGGCAACUGCACAAAGAAGUCGUGGAAGCAGUUCAGGCAACUUCAUGGGCCGUGGGAACUUUGGAGGCAGUGGUGGAAGUUAUGGCAGAGGAGGAAGUUUUGGUGGCAGAGGUGGUUACGGUGGCGGAAGUGGUGGUGGUGGUGGCAGCAGAGGAAGUUAUGGGAGUGGUGAUGGAUACAAUGGCUUUGGUGAUGAUCUUUCUCAAGGUGGGAACUAUGGAGGUAGUCCUGGGUACGGCGGCAGAGGAGGUUACGGUGGCAGCCCGACCUAUGGAACCCCAGGUGGUGGAUAUGGCGGAGGAGGUGGAGGCUAUGAUGGUUACAAUGAAGGGGGGAGCUUCGGUGGCAACUACGGUGGAAGUGGAAACUAUAAUGACUUUGGCAAUUAUAGUGGACAACAGGCCUCAAGCUAUGGACCCAUGAAAGGAGGUAGCAGUUUCAGUGGCAGAAGCUCAGGCAGUCCCUAUGGUGGUGGCUAUGGAUCAGGAGGAGGAGGUGGUGGUGGCUAUGGUGGAAGAAGAUUCUAAAAAUUGUAGCAUAAUAAGGGCUACACAGUUCUUAGGAGAGAGCGAGGAGUUGUCAGGAAAGCUGCAGGUUACUUUGAGACAGUCGUCCCAAAUGCAUUAGAGGAACUGUAAAAUCUGCCACAGAAGGAGCGAUGAACCAUAGUCAGAAAAAGUUACUGCAGCUUAAACAGGAAACCCUUCUUAAGGACUGUCAUAGCCACAGUUUGCAAAGAGUGCAGCUAUUGAUUUAAUGCAAUGUAGUGUUUAGAUGUACAUUCCUGACUUUUUUUUUUAAUUUGUUGUUUGUAGCUUUGUCUUUUCUUCAUAAAUCAGGUAUAUUGCCCUGUAAAUUUGUGGUAGUGGUGGUAGUGGUACCAGGAAUUAAAAAUAAUUAAGGAACUUUUAAUUUUUUCCAAUAUUUGUGUAGUUCAGUUUUUUCUUACUGAAACUUCUUUAAAUAAAGAAAUGUAGUUUUAGGGUAUAUUCUUGCUAGGAAAAAAAUCAGUGCAUUAUAAUCUGUAUUAAUUUAAACUAUAGAAAUGCUGAAUCGUUUAAGAACCUUAGUUUUCUGCAUAUGUAACCGAACGAAAUGAGUUGCACAUGCAAAGGGAGAGAAGAGAUGUUUGCAUUAAAGCUUGUUUAGCUGUAUAACUAGGAGUGAGUCAUUUAAACUAGUGCUUGUGAAUGAUAAAAAGCUUUACUUUCAAAUGAAAAUUCCAGAUACUUCUGGCUUGUGCAUAUCUUAAUUUGUAGCCUUUGUUUCUUAGCCUAAGACUUAUAAGUAAAUAAGCAUUGAAAGAGAUAUUUUAAAGCUUUAUUCAGUUUGCCUCCCAUUUCAUUGGUAUAUACAGGAACUACAUUAAGCAUUGGCAGAACAGGUUUAUUACUGUUGAGGCUUAACACCCCACCCCCAACCUCAAACAGAUUUAAGUGUGUGUGCACACACUCUUUUGAAUUAAAACUUUGAAACCAA